GCGAGAACUUCCCGAAUCGGCCUCCCGACCCGUAGCUUUAGAGUUCUCCCAAUGAAAGAGGUUGGGAACUAGUCUCUUGACUCUUGCCACGCCACCAAUGUCCGCCAGUUCUUCUUCGACGAUUUCUCUAGGUCGCAGCCGCCGAUGCCUGCGAAGAAUUCUCCCGACAAGCCCCGAAUCCUCCGGGGAUAGCCCAGUCUUGCAACGCAGGACGACAAUAAAUAAACGCGUGACGAAUCCAAUCGAAUCGACCGAGUCAGAAAGCGACCGUGAAAUUCGAAUACCCAGGAUGAUGGAUGCCGAAUCGCGAGCAGUUUUUACCAGUGAAACCGAGUACGACUCAGACUCGGCCGGGAAGGACAUAAUCUGUCCGAUCUGUCUCGGGAAGACGUAUACGUCGCAGCUACAGGGUCGACCUGAUUCGUGUUCUCACACAUUUUGCCUUGAGUGCAUAAAAACGUGGAGCAGAAGCAAAGCCACUUGCGUUCUUUGCCGGAGUCCAUUCAGCAACAUCAAAGUCAUACUUCGAGAUGAAGUCUUAGAGAUACUACCGGUCGAGGUCGAUCCACCUCAACUAAACGAGUCGGAUAGUUUCCUCCGGAACAAUCCUGUCUGCAGAGUUUGUCGGAGUUCCGAAUUCGAGGACAGCAUGUUGCUUUGUCAGUGGUGCGGCGACGCUUAUCAUGCUCAAUGCCUGUGGCCACGUCCGUCGAGCGCCGUCCGCGGCCGAUGGCUCUGUCCGCAAUGUCAAGCUCCAACCCCGGAGGAUGAUAGCGACGAUUCCUACAGGCCCGAGGAAUACGUCAACGCUCCUCGACAAAGGAUCAUUUCGAGACCCCUCUGGAACCGUUUAGCCGCUCUACGACCCACUCGGAAUCGCUUAGCCACAAUUCGAGCCGCAAUGCACAGACGUUGACCUGGAACUCGUAGGGAGUUUCCACUGUAGAACUGGAACGAGCGUGGGUUUAUGGGAGUAAUGCGGGAGGCGGGAAGCAACGAUUCGGGCGCAACCCGACCCGUAUCCGCUUGAACACGAAUCGAUGAGGUCAUCGAUGAAGCUGCAACGUUUCCCCGGAGCUUCCAAUGGACUAACUUGCAGUUGUAGAAAGAUUUUCACAGUACCGCGAUACAUCUCGAUCGUUGUAUCGCGAGAUUUCACCUUUUAAACGUUUCUUCACUUCUGUAGAUACAUUGACAAAUAAAUGACGCAGGAAUAUU